UCUGUGGAUACUGCUUGGAUUCUCAAAAAUCUGCUUUAACAAACCACUUUACAGUUUUUGAUCGUUUUUUCAUCUCCUCUUCAAUCCUAUCUAUCUAUCUCUCUCCGAAUUUUUCAAUUCCAGUUCUGCAUUUCAACGGAACUUUGCUUGAAAGAAAAACGAAAAUGGCGGCGAAAGCUCAAAUGUUUACAGGAUUAAGCUUGGCAUCGACACCUGCCUCUUCUGUGGUCAAGAGGCCUCUCACUUCGACCUUCUUCGCCGGCGGAGUGGGAGGGUUAAAAGUCGAGGUGAUAAGGUCAGCUCCUUCCAAUAAACCGCACUCUUCUAGACAACAUGGUGGUGCUCUCGGUGCCCGUAUGAAUCUUUUUGAUCGGUUUGCUAGAGUUGUCAAGUCAUAUGCAAACGCGGUCAUAAGUUCUUUUGAAGAUCCGGAGAAAAUUUUGGAGCAAACGGUUCUUGAAAUGAAUGAGGACUUAACAAAGAUGCGUCAGGCCACAGCACAAGUAUUAGCAUCUCAAAAGCGUUUGGAGAACAAGUACAAAGCUGCUCAACAAGCCUCUGAGGAUUGGUACCGCAAGGCUCAAUUUGCCUUGGAGAAAGGAGAUGAGGAUCUUGCACGAGAAGCUUUAAAACGGCGUAAAUCCUUUGCAGAUAAUGCCAAUUCUUUGAAAGCUCAACUUGAUCAACAAAAAAGUGUUGUUGAAAAUCUUGUGUCUAACACGCGGCUUUUGGAGAGCAAGAUACAGGAAGCAAGGUCCAAGAAAGAUACCUUGAAAGCCCGUGCACAAUCUGCAAAGACUGCAACCAAAGUGAGUGAAUUGUUGGGGAAUGUCAAUACAAGUAGUGCACUUUCUGCUUUUGAAAAGAUGGAAGAGAAAGUGAUGGCGAUGGAAUCCCAGGCAGAAGCUCUUGGCCAGCUAACUGCUGAUGAUCUGGAAGGGAAGUUUGCAUUGCUAGAGAGCUCAUCAGUUGAUGAUGAUUUGGCAAACUUGAAGAAAGAACUUUCUGGUAGCUCAAAGAAAGGAGAGCUUCCGCCAGGAAGAACCGUCGCUUCCAGCUCAAACACACCAUAUCCGUUUCAAGAUGCUGAGAUAGAGAGGGAGCUCAAGGAAUUGAGACAGAAGGCCAAGGACUUCUAAGUAAGAAACGUCAAAUUUUGCUUUAAUUUAAUAUCCUCUGUUUUUACAUUUGUAAUUGUAUAGUGAAAGGCCAAACAGAUUUAAUUAGAUACUCGAUUAAAAAAAAAACCAAGGUUUAAUCAAAUUGAUUCUAGAGAUGUAUCAUACUUAAUGUAUACUUCUGUGUGAUAACUUUGGGAUUAAUGUUUGACAGCCGAUAAAUGUAUAUUGAGAUGGGUUUUGGCAAUUAUCAUUAAUGGUA